AUGGCUCCCUCAAGGUCGAGUCCGUCAUGGCUGUUGAUGGCCUUCACGAUCCUCACCGUCCUGUCAGCUCAGGCACGCGCCCUCCAUUUCUAUAUAGAAGGGCGACAACAAAAGUGUUUCUAUGAGGAAUUGCCCAAGGACACUCUUGUUGUUGGGCACUACAAAGCAGAGGUCUUGAAUCCACAAACAAAUACCUAUGUCGCCGACCAGUCCUUAAAUAUGUACCUCACCGUCGAUGAGACAUUUGACACGCACCACCGUGUCGUUUCGCAGCGUACCCCACAGUCUGGGCGUUUCACCUUCACGGCCGCGGACGCUGGCCAGCACAAGAUCUGUUUCAUCCCGGACGUUCAGGGAGGCUGGAUGUCUGGUGGACCAAGAGUGAAGCUGACCUUGGAUAUUGCUAUUGGCGCGACGAGCAAGAUCGAGAGCGAGGACCAGGGCAAGAUGGCCGAUAUUGUGCAGAGAGUCAAGGAUCUGAACAGCCGCUUGCAGGACAUUCGCCGUGAGCAGGUCUUCCAACGGGAACGGGAAGCCGAGUUCCGUGAUCAGUCCGAGGCCACCAACUCCCGUGUCGUCCGUUGGACUCUGAUUCAGAUUGCAGUCCUCUCUGUCACUUGUGCCUGGCAGCUGUCGCAUCUCCGUUCAUUCUUCAUCAAGCAGAAGUUGACUUGA